GCCCGGCAAAUCCAGAGGGUGGAAAUGUAAGCAUGUAUUGAUGACUUGCUAUUUGGCUUCUGCUAAAGAGGAGACCAAAGACAAGGAUUGAAAUUAGAUGAUGAAUCAAAACAUGAAUUUAGGCUCUCUUCAGAAACUAAUGGAAGAGACGCAGCUUUCUGGGACCCAACCAAGACAACCUUAUAAAUUAGAUGGAGAUUGUCAACCAGGUGGCCAUCUCUGUAAUUUAAAUCUGCCAUCUCAAAGUUUCUACCCAUAUUCAUCUCAUUAUCCAUAUAUGCAUAUGAAUUACAGCAGCGAUUGGGAAAUUUUUGAAGCAGUAAAAAUUCGGGAACUGGAAGAAGUCAAAGACAGAGCAGCCCAAAUGGAGAAGACCAUGCGCUGGUGGUCUGAUUGUACCGCUAACUGGAGGGAGAAAUGGAGCAAAGUUAGAGGAGAAAGAAAUAAAGCCCGAGAGGAAGCAAGACAAUUGAGAAUCAAAUUAGACAGUGUUGUAAAAGAACUGAGUAUGCUUAAAAAAUUAAAUCAAGAUUUAGUGAAUGAGAAGGAAAACUUGGAAAAUGUACCUGCUUGGAAAACAGAAUUCAGUUGCUCAGAAAUAUCUUCUAUUAAAAAAGACCUAAACCAGUUAACAUUUCUGGAGCAAGAACCUGUGAAAGAACUGAGCAAACCCAAGAAGAUUCCUGGGGCAGAAGAUAUAAAGAAGGAUGUAGAGAUAAUCAAAGGUCGAAGUAAUUACAAUAAAAAAAUCACUCCAAAGCCUCCUGAUUCCUUUCCCCAUGGAGUUCUCAGCAUCUGUUUGGAGGAACCUAAAAAAAGUUUGGACAGUACAACUAAGACAACAGAGAAUGAUUUAAUACAUGUUUCGGUCUUGCAUUUGCAUUUGGCUGAGAUGCAGAAAAUCUUGCAGAAGGAAAGAGAAAUGAAUGUAUUUCUGGAAAAAGAAAUGGAAAAGAUAGAAAAUGAAUUAUUUCUUUGGAAAUGGAAAUAUGAAGAACUGAGACAAACCAAGCUGGAAAGCCUGAAACAGCUGGAAAGACUGCAGUUUGAGAAUACCUCUGAAUGGGGAAAGAGAGAGACACUUGAAGCAGGAAAGCAAAGUUUGGAAGAAGAGAACAGAACAUUGAAGUUGCAGAGUAAAGAGACAGAAGAAAGUGAACUCAGGAUUUGGGACCAGACAAAGUUCCUUAUAUGCUGCUGGAGAUUCUACAAAGACAGUGAGUGAAGAUGUGGGAGAUCAUCAAACAGCCCAGCAGCAACAAGGCUAAUAGUAAAGAGGGACAAAAGACUUACAGGAAAAUUUCACUGAAGAAGUGCAUGCCAGACAUAUAUGGGAACACUGUAUGCAUUGUUCCUAUGUAUUCCAGAUUUUUUUAUAAGAACCAAGGAAAAUAUGCUAGUGUCAGUGUGUACCAACUUAGAAUUUUUGUUGGCAGUUGUCUGUCCUCUUUUCCAAUCAUCUUAAUUGAUCUCUUUGAAAGCAAAAGGUGGACUUUAAUUAACAUGUCCCAUAGUUUACCUUUGGGAAAAAAUACUUUAGAAUGUACAUGACAUAAUAGAAAUACA